GGGCCAGGGGCGCGGGGAUAGAAGGGGAGGCGUAGGUCUGGGGGCACCGACUCGGCCAGGCGGUCUUGCGGGCGGAGUCGAGGAGCAGGGCACAGGGCUCUCCCACCCCGCAGCACCGUGGUGGGUCGCGGUCCCACCGUCUUUUGAAUCGCUGCCCCGACGGCCUGGAGGCAGGACCUGUCCUGUCCUGGCUUCUGCACAGGUGGAAACUGAGGUUUUGAGAGGGAGUUUUUGAGAGGGCGUCGCAAGGCGGCCGUCCCGCUGGGCCUUGAAUCCUCUUUUCCGAGUGCCGGAAAAAUGAUGAUGGGGACACAACUGUUGUUGUUGAAAAAGACCAUUUUAUGGAUGAUUUCUUCCAUCAGGUUGAGGAGAUCAGAAACAGUAUAGCUAAAAUAGCUCAGUAUGUUGAAGAAGUAAAGAAAAACCACAGCAUCAUUCUUUCUGCACCAAACCCAGAAGGAAAAAUAAAAGAAGAGCUUGAAGAUCUGAACAAAGAAAUCAAGAAAACUGCUAAUAAAAUUCGGACCAAGUUAAAGUCUAUUGAACAAAGUUUUGAUCAGGAUGAGAGUGGGAACCGGACUUCAGUGGAUCUUCGGAUACGAAGAACCCAGCAUUCAGUGCUGUCUCGGAAGUUUGUGGAAGUUAUGACAGAGUAUAAUGAAGCACAGACUCUCUUUCGGGAGCGAAGCAAAGGACGUAUACAGCGGCAGCUAGAAAUAACGGGAAAGACCACCACCGAUGAUGAAUUAGAAGAGAUGCUGGAAAGCGGAAAUCCCUCCAUUUUCACGUCUGAUAUUAUAUCAGAUUCACAGAUUACUAGACAGGCUCUCAAUGAAAUUGAGUCUCGUCAUAAAGACAUCAUGAAACUGGAGACCAGCAUCCGUGAGCUGCACGAGAUGUUUAUGGACAUGGCUAUGUUUGUGGAGACUCAGGGUGAAAUGAUCAAUAACAUAGAAAAAAAUGUUAUGAAUGCCGCAGACUAUGUAGAACAUGCUAAAGAAGAAACGAAAAAAGCUAUUAAAUAUCACAGCAAAGCACGGAGGAAAAAGUGGAUAAUUGUGGCCGUGUCACUGGUGCUGGUGGCUGUGAUUGCUCUAAUUAUUGGUUUAUCAGUUGGCAAAUGAUGACGUGGAUGACGUCAGUGUGUGCGCCUCUCUGCCAACGAGGCAAAAAUGAUGUUCAUUAUUAUUUGUGUAAUUAUUUUGCUUGUGAUCCUUGGAAUUAUCCUAGCAACAACACUUUCAUAGCAACUGUAUCCCUGGAGCCGUUGGUCCUUGGAGUCAGACCCAUCUGCAGCAGUUCUGCAUCCUUCUAUUUCCUGAGUGGACCCCAGACAUUGUGACGUGUGGCACUGAGUGCCGAUUUUUUAUUAGUGAAUUCAAGAAGAAAACACAACAGAAUGCGUUGUUGGGUGAAAAAACCGUAAGCAGAAUGGAAGUGAUCAGUUAAUCCAAACAUCCUUGGAGUCUAAAUAAUACACCACAAAAUUUAACAAUGUGAAACUUUUUUCAGUGGCCUUAGGAUAAGGAAUUAUUGAAAUUUUCAAUUUUUUUUUUUUUUUUACAUUUCAGUGUUAAAAUGUAUAUGAAGUUUAAUUAGGAAUAUCUUAUGUUAUGAAGCUAUUGGAUUUCAGGUCUAAGCCUUUCUUCCCUCUUCCAGCUAACAUGCUAAGAGACAUUUUUGUAUUAUGUUUAAUUCAUAUUUGUUUAUGUUUGUAAAGAAUUAUUUUUAUUAUCACAGAGCUGUUUUGUAAGAUACCUAUAAUUUUAAAUGUUUAUAAAUUGUUUAAUAUAUUAACACCUUAAUUUACUCCAAUUUUAUUAACUAUUGCCUUUUGAAAGAAAUAGGAAGCUUCAUGAUCUUAGAGCCAUCGUUGCACAGUUGUUUACAAAAUUUGCCAUGGGCAUAGAAAACAUUGGUUGCAGAGUACCCCAAAAAGCCUUUCCAGGGCCUUCUGUAAAAAUUGAUUUAUAAGGUUUAAAUGCGCCUGACACCUCCAGGAAAAUCUUGAUUCUUGUACUUAUCUACAUUACUACCUGUUCUGUUACCCCAGAUAAUAAAUUAGUUAUUACACUGUAAAGACAAUGGUCUCUUCUUUUAUUCACUAAAAAAUAAGGUUUGCGUUUCCCUGUUUACACUAAUAAAGUCUGAAUUUAAGCAGGUGAUAAAACUAAGUUUUAAACUCAAGGAAAUUAUUCCUAGACAUCAAGAAAUUCUUUUAAAUGUAAGCUCUUGUACAGAUCAUCACUGAAAUAUUCUUGUUAAGUACCUACUAUUCUGCUGAACUUUGAAUGUUAAUUCCCAAAGAUUACAGGAAUCUGUGAUAAUGAAACAUUUUUAUUGCUCAUUAAUUUCUUAGUAUAAUAUGCUUUCUUUUUAGACUUGUAAAAUGUAUGAAGUUUUCAUAGGGAAUGGCCUAGAUAUAAGAUAGAUAUAAGAUAUCUAUCUUAUAAGAUAGCAACUAGUCAAAAUGGUAAAUGAAUAUACGAAGGAUACUCGAAGUAUUGUUAACUCUUGUUACUUCUGUGUAUGAUUGUGUAAGCUUGUGAAUCUAUUUUAACAUUGCUUAGUUUGAAAACUAAUGUAGGUAAUGCCUGAUUCCAAACAGUAAGACUGAAUUACACCCAACCGUUUAGAGACUCUGCUCCUUAUUUAUUACAAUUAUGAAUUUCACUUAUUCAUAAUCGAUACUUCAAACUGCCUAGCUUAGAUCCAAGUCUAAGCAUUUAUUUAUGCAUUUUAUUUACUUGGUGAGCAUCACCGUGUGCUCAGAAUGACUGUAGGAGUAUUCUGGCUCCAACACAGGUAUUUCUUAAAUCUUGAAGAGCCCAUCGGUGGGAACUUCUCACUGAUUUGUGCUUAAGUUGAAGGUGUAACUUGUCCCAGAGGAUGUUUAAAUGGUGAGAGAGCAUGCUUGUAUUCACGUAACUUGUGUACCUCUGUCUGAUCAUGUCCACGUGCAGAGGCACUUCAUGCUGGGUGGCCUCUCUCCCCUUGUCCCACCUUCCAGUUAGGUCUUUUUAGUCCUUACCUUUCAUAAUAAUUCUUAAUGUAUUUUUUCACAACAUUCUUCCUGGAUUUGAAGUACUUCCUGAAUUUUUGUCUUAUGGUUGAAGUUAUGAAAAUGCUCUUUGAUUUCUAUUUCGAUUGUUGAAGUUGUUCACUGGCUAACAUUUUAUAUGUCUAACUAAGCCUUGUGUACCUAUUUGAAAUCAGAUUUAAAUAUAUAUAUAUACCUAUAUAUAUAGGUUCAUGUGUUACUUUUUAUCAGUUCUUCAAAUAUUUCAUGUUUACAUUAAAAAAAAAAAUCUCAGAGAACCAAAAAAGAAAUACUUGCUUUCUGCCUUGUCAUUUCUGAAAAGCUUUUUGGGGAGAUAUUUUAUUGCACAUCCAUUAAUAAAUUGUUCUACUAAGAAAA